AUGGCGUAUGACGGUGGUGGAUGUAAGAACAAUAAGGCUGCCCUGGUUGGGUUGUUGUCUCUGUUUUUUGUUGCCUUGGUUAAUGGUGUAAGUGGCGCAGGAGAUGACCCUGGCUCCUCUAAUGCUGCCAUUAAGACUCUAUGUGAGCCCACUACUUACCGUGAAACUUGCGAAGAAGUCCUGGUGAAGUCCAAUGUUGACUCAAAAGACCCACGUGAGUUGGUCAAGGCAGGGUUCCAUUUUGCUAUUGAGCAGCUCAAAGCAGCCAUUGCAAAUUCCCCCACUUUGAAACAAGCCACCACUGACCCCAUGGCGCAAAAAGCAGUUGAUGCUUGCGACGAGCUCAUGGAUUAUGCAAUUGAUGAUCUUUUAACUUCCUUUGAUAAAAUCACCGAUAGUUUUGAUGUACACAGAGUGAAUGAUUAUCUUGAGAACCUUAGGAUUUGGUUGAGCGCUGCAUUGACAUAUCAAGAAACUUGUUUGGAUGGUUUCGAGAAUGUUCCUGGCGAUACUGGUGAAAAGAUGAAGAAUUUGUUGAAGACGUCAAGAGAAAUGACCGCCAAUGGGCUUGUGAUGGUGGGUGAGGUUACAUCCCUUGUGACCACUUUGUGGCAGAAGCUGGGACUGCAACAAACCGGGCGACAACUUCGAACAGAGCAAUCCAAUGAAGAAAAGGAAGAGCCAUCUUGGGUGAGCGACAGANCAGAGGAAUCCAAUGAAGAAUUCCAAGAGGAAGAGCCAUCUUGGGUGAGCGACAGGCGAGGGCUACUCGAGGCCACUGGAGCUAACAUCAAGGCGAAUGUGGUGGUGGCUAAAGACGGAAGUGGAAAGUACAAGACAAUAACUGAAGCCCUUAAAGAGGUACCAUUGAAGAGCAAUACAACCUUUGUGAUUUAUGUGAAGGAAGGAGUUUAUGAAGAGCAAGUGAUGGUGGACAAAAAAAUGACCUAUGUCAUGAUGAUUGGAGACGGCCCGACUAAGACCAAGAUCACAGCUAGCAAGAAUGUCAUUGAUGGAACACCCACAUUCAAAAGUGCUACCUUUGCGGCGAUCGGAUCCAACUUCAUCGGAAAAGACUUGUGGUUUGAUAACUCAGCUGGGCCUAUGAAACACCAGGCUGUGGCACUUCGAGUUCAAUCCGACAUGUCAAUCUUCUACAAUUGUAGAAUGGACGCCUAUCAAGAUACUCUCUACCCCCAAACCAAACGUCAAUUCUACCGAGAUUGCACAAUCUCCGGUACUGUUGAUUUCAUCUUUGGCAAUGCUGCUGUCGUGUUACAGAACUGUAAGAUCUUAGUGAGGAAGCCAAUGCCGAAUCAAACCUGCUUUGUCACUGCCCAAGGUCGAGUGGAGAUUGAUGAGCCCACUGGUAUCGUCCUCCAAAAUUGCAUUAUCUCUUCCGACCCUGAGUUCUACCCCAUUCGCCAUACCAGUAAGUCCUUCCUUGGUCGCCCAUGGAAGAAGUUUUCAAGAACCGUAAUCAUGCAAUGCCAAAUCGAUGACUUGAUCCAUCCUGAAGGAUGGAUGCGAUGGAGUGAUGAUUCUACUCUCAAGACUUUGUUUUACACCGAGUUCGAUAAUAGAGGACCUGGUGCAGCAAAAGAAAAUAGAGUUAAGUGGGAGGGAAUUAAACAGAUCACAGGAAAACAGGCCAUCAAUUUCACCCCUUCGUUGUUUAUUCAGGGUGAUGAUUGGAUCAAGAAGACCGGAAUACCGUACACCGGUGGUAUGAUGAAAAUCUAAAAUAGAGCUCC